AUGACUAUUCAGUCAGAAGAAGAUGAUUUGUUGGCGUUGAAGAUUGAAAACGGAGUUUUGGUUGCGUUUGCUGGAGAUGAUCGGGCUUCUCUUGAACUUGCGUCAGCCGCCGAUGAGCAAUGGCAUUACGUCUCAGUGAGGAAAACAAAGGACAUGCUCAGAGUUGAUGUUGAUGAUCUACAUUCGAAGGAAGAAAAACGCCGUAAUGGCGACGAAGUGGUAAGUACAACUUUCACAGCGAGGGGCACCCGGUAUGCCCUGUACAAAAGGAAUUCUAAUAUUUACGGGUAUCUUCCGUUCAGUCCCUUUUGGCUGACUUGUAGGCAGAAUUCAAGGUUUCAUCUUUUCUACUGGCGACAAACAUUAUUCACGAGUAGUCACCAUUAGAC